ACACUCCGAGAAAGCGCAUUUCACUACUGGACGCCGUCCUUUGCUGACGAGGCAAAGGAACGCGGGGCGGUUGCCGAAUUUACACGCGAUUAUAAUUGCGGAAUCUCCGUAACCCACGCGCUGUUAGGCCGAUUACCGAAAUCGGAAGCGGAGCCGAUGGCAUUUCGAACCCCCGUCACACUCGCUGUCGUCAAAUUCGCAUUCUAAUUUUCCCUUCGCCCACGUUCCACCCCGAUGCACUCGAUCUGACGGAGUGUCGAUGAUAUACCGAAGGUCGCCUCAGUGAGGGAGCGGAUGAGGGCUUCCAAUUCGAACUGAUCGUCGAGCAAAAAAUACAGAAAAAUGGAGCUCAAACGAAUUAUCUGCUUGAUGUCUGUCAUCUGCGUGACAAGGGGUCAAUCUAUCUUCGAUCUCAUACGGAACUACCGGCAAACAACGAGUAACGAAAUUCCUUCGGGGGAUGAACCUGACACAACGGUCUACGACUUCAUCGUUGUCGGAUCUGGGUCGGCAGGCUCGGCAAUCGCAAAUCGGUUAUCCGAAAACAAUAACUGGAAGGUUUUACUGUUAGAAGCUGGAAAGGCAGCGAAUAUUGUCAAUGACAUUCCAGUAUUGGUGAGCUACUUUCAAAUGACCGACUACAACUGGGGCUAUAAAGUCGAGCCUCAGAAAAACGCGUGCCUGGGAAUGAAUAACAGACAAUGUUCCUGGCCAAGGGGAAAGGCUUUGGGCGGUACGAGCACUUUGAACUACAUGAUUCACACCAGAGGAGGGAAACUUGACUUCGACAACUGGGCUGCGAUGGGCAACGAGGGAUGGUCAUACGAGGACGUGCUUUAUUACUUCAAAAAGGGCGAGCGAUUCGAUAUUCCGGAGUUAAAUAAUUCGACGUGGCACAACCGGGACGGAUAUUUGUGCGUAGAGUACGUGCCUUAUCACUCGACCUUAGCCACAGUCUAUCUGCAAGCCGGAAAGGAGAUGGGCUACGAUAUCGUCGACUACAACGGCAAGGAUCAGAUCGGAUUCUCGUACAUCCAGGUGAACAUGGACAAAGGGACGAGGUGCAGCGCCGCCAAGGCCUAUCUUCGAGUGCAAAGGAGCAACCUGGACGUCAUGACAGGCGCCCGAGUAACCAAGGUGCUCGUCGACGAGAAUAACCGCGCGUACGGCGUCGAGUACGUCAGGGACAAACAGUGGCAUCGGGUGCGCUGCUCCAAGGAAGUUAUUUUGUCGGCCGGAACCAUCGACUCGGCGAAGCUGUUGAUGCUUUCCGGAAUCGGACCGAGGGACCACCUCGAAGAACUCGGCAUCAAGGUCGUCAAGGAUUUAAAGGUUGGUUAUAAUCUGUACGAGCACAUCGGAUUCCUCGGGCUGACCUUCAUGGUGAACCAGAGCGUGACUCUGCUCCAAAAGAGUUUGAUGAGGCCUAACGUGUUCCUUGAUUUCGUCGUCAAUCGAAACGGACCGAUGACCAUUCCUGGAGGUGCCGAAGCUCUUGCUUUCGUUCGAACCAAGUACGCCCCAGACGCAAGACCUGACUUGGAGCUACUCUUCGCUUCGGGAUCUCUGCAUUCCGACAACGGAGUUACUCUGAAACGAGCGCUCGGUAUCACCGACGAACUUUAUAACGCGGUUUACCGUCCUAUCGAAGAUCAGGAUGCCUGGUCGAUUUGGCCAAUUUUACAGAACCCUCGAAGUGUCGGUCGCUUGAGACUCAAGUCUAAGAAUCCCUUUCACUGGCCCACGAUGGAUCCGAAUUUCUUCGAUCAUCCGGCCGAUGUCGAGAUCCUAUUGGAAGGUAUAAAGCUCGCUAUAAACAUAUCGCAGAGCGAAGCAUUUCGACCGUACGGUACGCGUCUUCACGAUUUAAAGAUACCAGGAUGUAGAACAUUCGAAUUCGCUACGGACGACUACUGGCGCUGUGCCAUCAAGCAUCUCCCAUCUAUGAUGAAUCACGAGAUCGGCACCGCCAAAAUGGGACCUAGCUCUGAUCCAGACGCGGUGGUCGACCCGCGGCUCAGGGUUUAUGGAAUUACGGGACUUAGAGUGGCCGAUGCUUCUGUGAUGCCAACGAUACCCACGGGGCAUUCGAACGCGCCGAUUUCGAUGAUCGGCGAAAAAGCCGCGGACUUGAUCAAGGAAGCUUGGAAAUAAAUUCCUACGGAGGAACGAAGAGUACGAUGCCUCCGCGCAUCGACGCCAUAAUAUGGAACUUAUCUGGAACGAAUUAUCAAAGAUGAUCUAGUAUUUGUUGAAGACGUAAUCGUAAAUGUCUGUUUAUAAUUUCAUACGUAUAAGUAUUUAUGUUAAAUGUGUAUUGCUUACAUAUUAUUCUAAGUAUAGUCGUGAAAAAUGUAAAUGAGACUUAUUAUUCGUAUCUCUAUGUACAAAAAAACUAAUUCUAACGUUA